CUUUGCGGCGACGGUGCUCUGUGCCGCGGAACCAUGGCUGCCAAGGGCAAGGCGGGCCGUUCCGCGUGGCCGUCAUUUCUACCACAUGGACAAAGGUGGCCAAAGCCACGUCUGCCUGCUUAUACUCAUCAGAGACUGGCUUGUGGAGCGAGGUCACCUCUGUUGACAAUCUCUCGGGCCGGGAUAGGAAUAUGACGAGCAUCAUUGUGGAUGGUGCGCUCUACUUCAACAGCAUUGGAAAUUACAUUGUCAAGUACCAACUAGCCACACUUGACUUGUCACUGUUUAAGAAGCCGAUCAGGUGCAGUGGGGAAGUCGUUACAACAGAAGACGGUGGGUUGGGAUUUGCUUGCAUGAGUUCCAGAACCUUAACCCUGUGGUCAAGGGAGACCAGCCCUGAUGGAGCACUGGGAUGGUCAAAACACAGGGUAAUCGAUCUCGUGACGCUACUCCCUGAUGGUGGCCGUUCGACCGCAACAUCGUCUAGGAAGCCCUACAUUAUGCGGCAAUAUGGCUUCUUGAGUGGCACCCAAGUUUUUUUUGUGAGCACACAUGUCGGUGUCUGCAUGGUUGAGAUCAAGUCAGGGAGAGCCAAGAAGUUGCUCGAGCAGCUCGAAGUUGAAGCUGUUCACCUAUUUCCCUAUGCGAGCUUCUGCAUUCCAGAGUAUAGUGUUCAUCGAGAUGCUGUACUCGUUGGAAAAGCUCUGGUACAGGUGCUGGUCCCAGAUUGUCGACCUCAGGUUCCAUAUCCCUUGGUCUUCCAGCGAACACCAAGAUGACCUCAGGUUCCAUAUCCCUUGGUUCUUUAGUUGGCUUGUUUAAAUUAAGUAAAUAGAAAGUCAUCACGGUCGGUUAGUAUUUGCAUGGCAAUUUGGAGGUGAAAGUUUACUGGAUUUCCUCUGUUUUUUCUUUUCUUGAAAGUGAUCCUGUUCCGGUUGGUAUCAUUUCUUGAAAAGGUUGUCCCAAAUUGUAGUUAGUCUCGGCAUUUUAAAGCGUGCGCUUGGAAUUAAUAUUAUUGAAGUUAUGCUCAUGUUUCUACAGGGUGGUUAAGUACUGCAAAGCCUGAAGAAAAUCGUGAGCAAGCCUAAAUCAGCCUACUGGGGCUGUAUGUCACAUCCUUAUAAACUCAUGCGUAAUCCCAAAUUUGAACAGGAACACAUAUAUUUUGGAGUAAACCUGGUGCUCCAUUUAUAGUUAAUUCAUGGCUAAUUAUUUCCGCAACAGCAUUCCACAGAUUAUCCGGAGAUAAUCAAGAACCUCUGGGUUCAGGGUCAAAAAGCAAUGAGAUCUCCAUAUUGUCAUCACUUUCUUUGAACAACCAGCUGUCAGACACUAUUUUGCAGACUCUAAUCGUACAGGCAAAUCAGGAGGACGAGCUAUAUUGGAUUCAUAUGCCAGCAUAGAAAGCCCCGCCGUAAUGAUCUUAUUUUCAACAACAAAAAGAUUGGACCAUGAAUACAGGUUCUUCAUGCUGCUAGUGCUAUAGUUGCUGCUCUUCUCCAACAGCAACAACCACUCUGGACGAGGUAUUGCACGUAACCUGCUCCCCAAUCCUCUUCGCGCUGCCUCUCCAGGGCAAUGCACCGCUCUGCAGUGCAUCAUCUCAUGACAAACCUCCAUUGCAUGUGCUUCACUUCAUGACCCCAAGAUUCUGCAUGUGGUGCAGUUAACAUUAGUAAAUUACUGCUCCAGAAUACUUUUUCUAAAGCAGGCCUGUGUAUUCUUCAUCUUCAGCCUCUGUCUCCCCAUAAAGCUGUUUCCAAACAAGCCUAUUAAAAAAACUUCUAUUACCAGGCUCAGGCUAUGCUUCUUGCUAGCCGGAUUGCUCACGUUUCAGCUUGCAGGGAACGACAUAUAUCACUGAUGACAAGAUCCCUAGCCAAAGCUGGCAGCUGCCCAACUUGAUCUCAUGAGUUCUCCAUGACACUGGUCAAUUUUCGGCUGGAACUUGACCAGCCUCUUCUUCAAACAAAAUUAUGCA